AUGAUAAUAACCCCUCGAGCACCAAUCCUUCGAAAGCUAGGAAUACAUAAGACCUCUGGCAAGAAUGAGAAGGCAAGCAUGUCCCCACUUGACGGAACACAUCCGAUAUCAUUGCCUAUGAGAUUUGCCAAAAUCAAGACAGACAUCGUGUCCGGAAAAGAAGAGGCUAUAUCAGCAUCAUGGAAGCGGCUGCUACAUGCACUACGGGAGGAGGUUGAUUGCAUAGCUUCUCACAACCCAGAUAUCAUCCCCACGAUCGACUUCAAAGACAUUAGCAACACCGCAAAGGCCGAGUGCUUCUCGCGAGACCUGAGGAAGCGCGGCGCGGGCAUCAUCCGCGGAGUCAUUCCCCAGGAGGAAGCCCUGGGCUACAAGAGGGAAGCCAUCGAGUAUCUCGCCUCGAACCCGCAGACGCGAGCCUUCCCGGCCGCCGCACCCCAGCUUUACGAGCUCUACUGGAGCCCGCCGCAGAUCAAGGCGCGCGCACACCCGCGGCUUCUCGCCGCCCAGCGCUUCGCCAUGAACACCUGGCGCCCCAGCCGGCCCGGCGCGCCCGUGACGCCCGACUUCCCCGUCACCUACGCGGACCGGCUGCGGAUGCGCGCGCCAGGCGACGCCAGCCUGUCGGCGGCGGCGCACGUCGACGGCGGCAGCGUCGAGCGGUGGGAGCCGGACGGCUACGGGCGCGCGGGCACGUACGCGGCGGUGCUGGGCGGCGCGUGGGAGGCGUACGACCCCUGGGACAGCAGCGCGCGGCUGCGCGUCACGAGCGACCUGUACAACGGCGCCGGCUCGUGCAGCCUGUUCCGCAUGUUCCAGGGCUGGCUGGCGCUGAGCCGCAUCGCGCCCGGCGAGGGCUCGCUGCUCGUGUGUCCGAUGCUGCAGCUCGCGACGGCGUACUUCCUGCUGCGGCCGUUCUUCUCGCCCAGGCAGGCGCCCGUCAUGGCUGGCCAGGGCUUUCUCGACGAGGCGAAUUGGGUCCUCGACCGCGCGCAGACGAGCGUCCUCCAUGGUGCACUGCCGUCGUACAUGCAGGAGCUCAACAGCGUGCUGCACCCGCACUUGCAGCUCGAUAGGAGCCUGGUGCCGAUACCUGCAGUCGAGCCGGGUGACUAUGUCAUCUGGCACCCGGACUUGAUUCACAAGGUUGACGAGGUGCACCGCGGGCAGCUAGAUAGUAGUGUCAUGUACAUCCCCGCCUGUCCCCUGACUCAAACGAACGCAUUGUUCCUGUCGCGGCAGCGGAAGGCAUUCCUGUUAGGCUAUCCGGGUCCUGAUUUUGAGGGCGGCAAAGGGGAGAGUAGCCACAUGGGACGUCCCGGAGUACAGGAGAUCAACGAUGCUGGUGGGGAGGAUGCUCUGCGAGCCAUGGGCUUGAUGCCAUGGGAAGAAGAAGAGGCGUCAAGCGACUCGGAACGGGAGGUCUUGGCGGUUGCGAAUGCGAUCUUAUUUCCUGACCAAUUCGACAUGAUAUAG